AUGAACUCUCAAAAUUUGUCCGAUGGUGAAAUACAAUAUUUAAAUCAGUACUUCAAUGAAGCAGAUCAAGAGACUCAAUAAAAAAUUCUAUCGGAAAUACCUCAACUAUUCGAAUUGUUUAUGUCUCUUGGUUUAGAAUUCUAAAGCAAAUCAGGUAAAGAUGAAGGUGUUGAUCUUGGAGAACUGUAAGAAGAUAUUGAACUUCACAAAGGUAGUCCAUUUAUAGAUGUUCAGAGAGAAAGGUUGAGAAAACGUAAACUUAUGGAAUUGAAUAAAAAAUUUGGUCCAGGAAGUGAUAAUCACUAGUUUUGA